UUUAACGAGAGGCCAGAGCUUGUCCAAAAUGGCUGUCCAAAAAAGACCCCUCACUUGGGUUGGAAGAUGAUGCCUUUUUAAGGGACGGUUUUCUCUCUGGGCUCACAUCUUGCUUGUCUGUCUACCUGUGUCCCCGAUCAUGCCUUCCUACGGUAUCUUUUAACGGUCGGUCAGCAGGACUGCUGAAAGCCUAGCUGUGCAGGAUGCCUGUGCCGCCCCCGCCGGCGCCCCCGCCGCCGCCCACCUUUGCCCUGGCCAAUACGGAAAAGCCUACCUUGAAUAAGUCAGAACAGGCUGGGAGAAAUGCUCUUCUCUCUGACAUCAGCAAGGGGAAGAAACUGAAGAAGACCGUCACCAAUGACAGAAGUGCACCAAUAUUGGACAAACCUAAAGGAGCCGGUGCUGGUGGUGGUGGUGGCUUCGGUGGAGGUGGCGGUGGUGGCGGUGGUGGAGGCGGUGGCGGCGGUUUUGGAGGAGGUGGACCACCUGGCUUGGGAGGACUGUUCCAGGCUGGGAUGCCGAAGCUGAGAUCCACAGCCAACAGGGAUAGUGAUUCUGGAGGAAGCCGACCCCCAAUGUUGCCACCAGGAGGAAGAUCCACAUCUGCCAAGCCGUUCUCACCGGCAGGUGGCCCGGGCCGGUUUCCAGUGGCUUCUCCAGGCCACAGAAGUGGUCCCCCAGAGCCUCAGAGGAACCGGAUGCCUCCCCCGAGGCCCGACGUGGGCUCAAAACCUGAGAGCAUCCCCCCGCCAGUACCCAAUACGCCCAGACCCAUUCAGUCAAGUCUGCACAACCGGGGGGCCCUACCAGUGCCCGGGGCCCCCAGGCAGCCCAGCCCUGGGCCAACCCCCCCGCCCUUCCCUGGAAGCCGAGGUGCAGCUUUUGCAGGAGGCUCCCCCCGCCAGACAUCCUCUAGCUCCUCAUCGUCCUUCUCCAGCAGGCCUCCCCUGCCCCCCACACCCAGCAGGGCCUUGGAUGACAAGCCGCCCCCUCCACCGCCCCCGGUGGGCAACAGGCCCUCCAUCCACAGGGAAGGGGUCCCACUCCCUCCCCCUCAGAACAGCAAGCCCCCAGUGCCUUCUACCCCCAGGCCUUCCUCCUCCUCCUCCUCACAGGCCCCACCCCCGCCACCUCCACCCAGCAGGCCCGGCCCUCCUCCCCUGCCUCCGGGUUCCAGUGGCUCCGAUGAAACCCCAAGACUCCCACAGAGGAAUCUGUCCCUCACUUCGUCUACACCGCCUUUGCCUUCGCCAGGGCGAUCAGGCCCUCUUCCACCCCCGCCCACUGAGAGACCCCCUCCUCCCGUGAGGGACCCACCCGGCAGAUCAGGCCCUCUCCCACCACCCCCUCCAAUAAACAGAAAUGGCAGCACAUCUCGGGCCCUGCCUGCCACCCCCCAGUUGCCGUCCAGGAGUGGAGUAGAUAGUCCCAGGAGUGGACCCCGGCCUCCACUUCCUCCCGACAGGCCUGGCGCUGGGGCACCUCCCCCUCCUCCACCAUCAACAUCAAUUAGAAAUGGCUUCCAAGACUCUUCAGGUGAAGAUGAGUGGGAAAGCAGAUUCUACUUCCAUCCGAUUUCUGAUUUGCCACCUCCAGAGCCAUAUGUACCAAUGGCCAGAACUUAUCCCAGUAAACUGGCAAGAAGUGAAACCCGGAGUGGAUCCAACCGGAGAGAAAGGGGUGCCCCACCACUUCCUCCCACCUCAAGGUGAUCUUUGCCUGCUCUUCUCCACCGGAGUCCAAGAGCUCCAUCUGUUGUUGCUGUCCGAGGGCUGCAAGUGCCCCUCCCCUUGUCUUCCCUGGCUCCCUUCAUACUGGCAGCAAGGAAGAAGGGAGGGUGAUAUGGGAAUAUGUGUGUGGGGGGGUAGGAAUGCAGUAAAGAAAUGCACCUAGCUUUUUAUAUUGUGUAUAUUCUCAAAGUUAUUGCUUGCUUCAGCUACAGCCCACCAAGUGUUGGUUGCUUAGGGGUCAGUGGGCUUUUGUGGCAAGGUAGCGGAGAGGAGUUGUGUCCUAGCUUUCAACCAACCAAUUCAAACAUUCACUGCUUAUUUGCUACAGACUAUAAUAUUAAAGUCCCUGAGACCUAUUUGCUUCCAUGCUUUUUUUGCAUGCUUGCCUUUCUGUCUGCUUCCAUGAACCACAGACCAAGUUGCUGCAUUAGGGCUCACAUAAAAUUUUUCAAUUAUAGGCUGUCCAAUCUUGGCAGUCUGAUAAGCUCAAGUUAGAGCCGUCCAAAAGAAGUACAAUGUUAGCCACAUACACAGUUUUUGAAUUUCUAGUAGCUACAUUAAAAAAAGGAAAACAGGUGAAGUUAAUUUUAAUAUAUUUAACCCUAAUGCCCAACUUAUUAUUGCAACCUGCAAUCCGUAUGACAGUUAUUAAUGAGAUAUGUCACAUUAUGUUUUGGUACUGUCUUCAUAAUCCAGUGUGUGUUCUACAUUGAAAGCACACCUCCAUUCAGACUAGUCACAUCUCAGGUGCUCGACCAUCACAUGUGGCUGGUGGCUGUCAUAUUGGACAGCACAGGUCUAGGAGAUGGAGGCUAGUGCAAAAACCUCUUGUUUCAAAAACAAAAAAGGCAAGAUGAACUUUAGCAAUUCAAAAAGUAAAGUUAGGGCCUAACACCUUAUUCAGCAGACAGCUUGACCUUAGAUUUUGCUCCCUUAUUUCCCAUCUUUCCUAAAUGUGUGUAUACAAGCGUUGCUUCACAAUACCAAGGUCAGAAAUUGAUCUAACAGGGUUUACAGUGAUGUGGAACAAAGCCAUUAGAAACAAGGUUUAGGGGCCCCUAAUGUUUAGGGGCCAGCUGCAGUUUAGGGGCUCAGAGCCAGCUGCCCUGAGCUCACCUGCCCUUUGGACCCUUACCUUGCACUUCAUUCCUCUGCCGCCCAGCAUCCACCUCCAGAUGGGUAGGCUCGGAGGCUCUGUAGCUAUGGGGAGGGAAAGUCAGGAAAAGGUAGCCAGUUGGAAAUGUGGAGGAAGAAAGCAGGUUCAAGUUGAUAGGCAAAACUCUAAAAGUCUAAAUCUGAUGUUUAUGGGGGUUGAGAGAGAUUGCUACUAUAAAUGAAGAGAAUUUGUCUUGACUCUGUUGGGGGAAUCAUUUGCCUUGGAUCUAUGCAAACAAAGCUCCAUGAAAGGACCACAGGGAUGAGCCAGGCUUGCCCUUUUUUUGUAUGAUUUUGUUUACAAAACUUACUGGGACUUUUAAAUCCAGCUAUAGAUUUGGAAAAGAAAAUAUUUCCAUUUAGAUGUUUUAUAUGGUUGAUUAUGUUUGAAAUUACCAUUACUUAUUUUUUAAAAGCGCACAGUCACAUAUGUGUAUGUAUACCUAAACUUUGUAUCAUGGUUUCAGUGUAUCGUUCAUGUAUUACUGGGAAGUGCUAACAAGAAAUCAAUCCAAAGAAAAAUUUGAAAGAAGCAUUCCUAUUUAUAGAAUAAAUAAUUGUUUCAUUUAUAUAAAAGCAAAAGAACUUAGAGUUCUAAUAAAUGGGAUAUCUAAUAAAUUAUGAAGUUGCCCAUUUGAAUAUAUUGUAUUUUUAUAACUUUCCUUGCCAAAGUCCUGGGCUUAGAAUAUUAGAGAACUUUGUUUUGACCCCCCCUUCUCUACCAUCCAUCAGUCUUUCAUAUAUAGUCAUUUGGGACCCUUUACCCAAAAAGAAUCAAAAAAUACAAAGUUGUAACAAACUUGGCAAAGUAUUUUCAAAAGGAAUUUUUCAGGUAGUAGCAGCAUCAUUUUAUUUUGGAUUCUUUGAUCAUGUAUCAACAGUUGAUACAAAUCCCUAUGAAAAAGCCUAAUGAUGCACUUCAGAAAAUAUGGAAUCUGGCCUUACUAGCAAAUAUGGCAGAAUAUGUCUGAUCCAAACAAUUUUGGAUCUAAAUUUUAUUAGGGGUAGUAAGAAUGGCCAAUUUCCUUGUAUAUCCCAACUUUGUAGGUACCGUCCUAAAGUCUGAAACAGAGUCACAACUCAAAGUUGCAAUUCAUCCAGGAUACAGAAGUUUAAGAAUGUAUUUAAAUAAAUGUUUCAUUAGUACACCUAUACCCUUUCUUUGAAAGUUGACAACCUAAUUGAACCCAAAACUGAAUAAUUUCAAUGCUAAAAUCUUCAACUAUGGCAAAUCACAAAAAUGAAUAUUUUCUUCCCUGAAAUCAGGGCUUACAUUUGGGUUUUUUUCCAUAAUAUUUCCAGAUAAAUGUAUUCAAGAUGCAAUACAGUAUUUUAACAUUCACAUAUCAUUUUAUAUUGAAAUGUAUUACAGUAUUAAAAUUCAGUGUUCAGUAUUUAUUUCACUAUGCAUUUUAUUUAGUAGAAGCUAAAAGAAACGUUUAAUCCAAUGGUGCCUUACUUUGUGAUUUGAAAGAAAUCAACUUUUUAUGUCUAAGUAGCAGAUUAUUUGCAGAUCUGUAAAAACUGGUAGGCCUUUAUAGUUUAACGUGUAAUACCAAUUUUGUUAUUUUAGUAGCAGAAAUGGGGUGAUUGUUAAAGUGCCCAAAAUUUUUUGGUAUGAAAUUUAAUUUUUCCCUGUUUGUAGUCAGGGACAGUAAAGGAAAGCAAAUGUUUUUCAUACCACUGCACUAUGUAAACAUGCACAUUUUGGAAUCUGUGUCACCAGGACAGUUUAAAUGGUGGGGUAGCAUCUACCCUAGACAUCUGUGUCUUUGUCAGUUAGCCAGACAAUAAAUAAAAGCAGAAUAAGAGUGUCAA